AUGAUUGUUACAGGAAAUGACCAAGAUGAGAUUUUCAGUUUACAACAAUACCUUGCAUUUGAAUUUGAGAUGAAACAACUUGGAAACCUCAAAUAUUUUUUGGGUAUUGAAGUAGCUAGAUCAAAACAUGGAAACAUAGACAAAGGGAGAUACCAAAGGCUGGUAGGAAAAUUAAUUUAUUUGUCUCAUACACGUCCAGAUAUUACCUAUGCAGUGAAUGAUGUUAGCCAAUUUAUGCAUGACCCACGAAAGUUUCAUAUGGAUAUUGUUGAGAGGAUUUUGAGAUAUUUAAAGUCCACUCCUGGGAAAGGAAUUUUGUUCUCAAAUAAUGGAAACUUAAAUGUAGAAGGGUACAAUGAUGCAGAUUGGGCAGGUUCAAAAGAUGAUAGAAGAUCUACUUCUAGAUACUCUACUUUUGUAGGAGGGAAUCUUGUAACUUGGAGGAGUAAAAAGCAGCCUAUAGUAGCAAGAUCUAGUGCUGAAGCAGGAAUUCAGAGGCAUGGCACUAGGUGUAUGUGA